AUGUCGAAAAGACCCGUCUCAUGGCUUACCACCUGUGGAACGCAGCCAGAGGUGAUGAGCCAUCUAGUGGGCUGGAUGUUGCUAGCUGUCUGUAUGUAUGGGAUGAAUGCAGAGUUGAUCUCUCAUGUAUAUCCUCCAGUGCAAGAAAUUUCUGUUACUAAGUGUGUUUUUCCAUUCAUCUAUAAUGGUGCAACCCAUUACAACUGUAUCUCCAUCCACAGUGACUUUGAUUGGUGUUCCCUUGAUUUUAACUUCCAAGGAAGAUGGCGAUAUUGCACUGCACUGGAUCCUCCCAUGUGCAUUUUCCCUUUCCAGUUCAGAAGACAGUUGGUUACUGAAUGCACCAAGGAAGGAUACAUUUUGAACCGCAGUUGGUGCUCAUUGACGAGCAAUUACAACAAAGACAGGAAAUGGAAGCAAUGUUCUCCUCAGAAGUAA